AUGGACCGCGCCACCCCUCGCUCGAACCCUAACUACGACGUUUACUUCUCGGACGAAAAGAUCAAGACUGUGGUAGAGAGAUGUCUUCCAUUUGUCAAGCGCGAGCAGAUGGUCAUCGAGCACCUGCCCUCAGGAAAGUCUUUCAACAACCGAAUCUACUUUGUGAAUCUCAACGAGCCAGUUCGCACUCUCCGACCAGAGUGGAACGGAAAUGAAGUGGAAGUGACAAAAACAACGACGCAGAUCCAGUCCUCAUUUUUGGUGCUCAAGAUAGCAGGCCAUCCCUUUGGACGAAACAAGGUCCAGAACGAGGUAGCCUGCCUGCUUCUUUUGGAAAAACACUGUCCAUCCCUUCCGGCGCCAAAAUUACUGGCCUGGUCGGACGAUGGCAAAAAGAUCAGGACACCUCAGUAUCCCCGCGGGUUCAGAGACACAGAACCAAAGAACAUUCCGGUGCUGGCGAUCCAAGCCGAGGACGGUAUACCGAUUGAGGAUGCUCGCAAGGAUACCGAGGGACAAGGCUGGAUCUUGAUGACCCGCGAGCCAGGAAGGCCGAUCAAUUCAGAAGAUUUGGAGGGUGAUGCUGGAGAUGAGUUGAUGCGCCAAAUCGCGGUACACGUCGCUGCAUGGCGGCGGGACAUGCCUCCAGCAAGGGCGGUCGGCAACCUGCGCAUUGUUGGAAGCAACUCAGCUCCCCAGCCAGCGGCUGUUCUCUACGACAAAUCCAUUCUGCCAGGCUACGAGGUCCAUAUUGAUGGGUUGAUAACCAACAAUUCUCCAUCAUCUCCGCUGACCACAUCGGAGAAGUUCCACGCUUUCGUGCUCAAAAACUCACUGAAACGGCUCAAGGAUGGGAAGCUGUACGAUCACACCUCGGACGACGUCCACGCACUGGUGAAGCGUAUGGUUGACAACACCCUCCCCAAGCUCCCAAUCUUUCAGCAUGGCAUUGAGCCAAUGAUAUUCACACACGAUGAUCUUUCCACCCGCAACGUUCUUGUCUCGCCCGACGCAUCCGGCAACCUCAAGGUCUCCGCGAUCAUCGAUUUCGAGUUUGCCGGGUUUUUCCCCAAGGAAGAGGAAUUCGCUGGGACGCUUCAAAAUGAGCAGGAGGAGUGGCCACUCAAAAAAUUCGCUGUCUUCUUAACCGAGCUGAAGGACCGCGAAGCGUUGCCGGAGAAUCUGGCGCAGAAGAUUCCAUCGCCGUCGGCAAUCGGGAACGCCGUGGACAAGUGUUUCGAAUUUGGGACGGGCGAGCUUCAUCAAGCCGUGCUGCUCUUGCGUACGACGAUCAACACUGCGCCGUGGUGGAUCAAGGAAGAGAAAGGGUACAACAAGAAACAGCUGCAGGAGGAGAUGGAGGCAGCCAAAGCCAGAGUCGAGAAAGCCGUGCGGUGGCUGGAAGAGAUGGUGCCGCCGGAGGAGCGUGAGAAGCGGAGCCGAAGGCGUACCAACAGCACGCGAGGUUGA